GCGGGGUCCUGGAAUCCGUUCACCGUCGGGCUCUACUACACUCGUGUAAAAUUGGGAACCCCUGCAAAAGAAUUCUAUGUUCAGAUCGACACGGGUAGCGACGCCUUAUGGGUAACUUGUAACGGCUGCACUGGAUGCCCAACAAGCAGCGGACUCAAUCUUCAACUGGAAUUCUUCGACCCAAAAAGUUCGUCGACUGCUUCGCUGAUUGGUUGCUCCGAUCAGAGGUGUUCUAACGCAAUUCAAACAGGAGAGGCGACAUGCAACUCUUCAAAUUCUUCGAGUAGUCAGUGUUCUUACUCUUUUCGGUAUGGAGAUGGUAGUGCUACUUCAGGGUAUUAUGUGUCUGAUACGCUGUAUUUCGAUAAGAUCGAUAAGAAUGACAAGGCUGCCAAUUCUUCGGCUAAGAUUAUUUUCGGGUGUAGCAACUCAGAAUCUGGGGAUCUAGCGAAAUCAAAUAGGGCAGUCAACGGAAUAUUUGGGUUUGGACAGCAACAGCUAUCUGUAAUUUCGCAGCUUUCCUCUGCAGGGGUUUCGCCGAAAGUGUUCUCUCAUUGCCUGAAAGGUUCAGAUGAAGGUGGAGGCAUAUUGGUCCUGGGUCAAAUAGUAGAACCCGGUAUUGUGUAUACUCCACUAGUUCAAUCCCAACCUCAUUACAACUUGAACCUAGAAACCAUUGAUGUCAAUGGGCAACAGCUAAAUAUUGAUUCCUCAGUGUUUUCGACAUCAACAUCACAAGGAACGAUUGUUGAUUCCGGGACCACGCUAGCUUACCUAGCAGAAAAGGCAUAUGAUACUUUUGUCACUGCAAUAAUUUCUUCAGUGCAGUCAUCGCAAGUGCAGUCUGUUGAUGUUAAAGGAAAUCAGUGUUUUGCUACAGCUAGCAGUGUUGAUGACGUAUUUCCUUCUGUUACUUUGAAUUUUGCUGAAAAUGCCGCAAUGAACUUGAAUCCUAGAGAUUAUCUUCUAGAACAGGGUUCUGUUGCUAAUGCUAACAUAUGGUGUAUGGGCUGGCAAAAGAACCAAGGUGGAACAACGAUCCUAGGAGACCUUGUUCUUAAAGACAAGAUUUUUGUUUACGAUUUGGCUAAUCAGCGCAUAGGCUGGAGAAAUUAUGACUGCUCUUUAUCCGUAAAUGUUUCGUCAUCUGCUAACAACAGUGAGUACGUCAAUACUAGGCAAGUCGACGCCAGCAGCUCGUCACGCAAUGUAGGUUAUGCUCUAUUGCCAUUGAGCCUCGCGGUUCUCCUAGUACAUGGUUUUCUCUCUCUCAUCAGCCGGUUAUAGCUCAUCUAAAGUACAUAUAUACACAUAAUUGGAUUGUUGUGAUCCAUUCUUUAUUGAUGUAUUUUUUUAGUAUCUAGUGGUAUUUACCUUGAU